GCAUGAGAGAGCGACAGUGGAGAUACACAUCCCAGUUUACAAACUCUCCCUCCCUCACUCUCCAGUCCUUCCUACUGCCUCGGUGCGUCAUUCUGAAUGGGAGUUUUGUGGUCAAAGCGAACAUCGCGCGCGAAGACGCCGCCGCUGAUGGAAUAACGCCUGUUGGAUCUCUUUUGGGCUGAAAUGCGCGAGUGUUUGAUCAGAGCUCAUACCUGCCGCGCUGACCUUCAGGAGGAAUAAUCACGAGAACGCACGCGUUGAAUGGGUCGUAAGGACGCUCACCUGAACCUGUCUGGAUGGGAUGCACCGUGAGCUUCAUCUGCUGUGAAGACGAUUUUCUGCAGAUGCCUUUGGAUCAGCAUGUGGAGAAAAAGAAAGAGGAAAAGAGGCUCUUAUCUAAGCCUGAAGAGUUUGAAACCGUUCACUCCCACACCUUCCGGCUGAAGACGUUCAAGAAGGGGAAGCAAUGCGGCGUGUGCAAGCAGACUGUAAACAAUGAGGGGCUCAUCUGCAGAGUUUGCCGGUUAGCCUGCCACAGGAAGUGUGAGGUUAAGGUAUCAUCCUCCUGCGUUCCUGUUGCCAACUAUGAACUGGUCCCCAGCAAUGACCUCCCACUGAAACAUAUAGAGACAACAGGCUCAACCAAAUCCUCCAAGAGCAUGGAGUCUCGACGCAGACCAUCCAGGAGCUUGAGUCUGAUCCAGGCCAUGGAGGAAAACUAUGAGGUGGACCUGGUCUACAUCACAGAGCGCAUCAUUUCUGUGAGCUUCCCCAGUAAUGUAGAAGAGCCGAGCUACAGCGCUAACAUAAAGGAGGUCGCCACCAUGCUACGCUCCAAACAUGGUGACAACUACUUGCUCUUCAACCUAAGUGAAAAGCGAUAUGAUAUCUCCAAGCUGAAUCCCAAAGUGCUGGAUUUUGGCUGGCCGGACCAUCACGCUCCAGCCCUGGAUAAGAUCUGCAGCAUCUGCAAAGCCAUGGACACUUGGAUGAACGCUGACAGUCACAAUGUGGUGGUCUUACACAAUAAGGGAAACCGAGGUCGAACGGGGGUAGUUGUGGCUGCAUACAUGCAUUACAGCAACAUAUCAGCGAGUGCAGACCAGGCUCUGGACAGGUUUGCCAUGAAGCGGUUUUAUGAAGAUAAAGUGCUUCCUGUGGGUCAGCCCUCCCAGAGAAGGUAUGUGCAGUACUUCAGCGGUCUGCUCUCCGGCCAUAUCAAGAUCAACAACAAGCCCCUGUUUCUGCACCACGUCAUCAUGCACGGGAUCCCAAACUUCGAGUCCAAAGGAGGUUGCCGCCCUUUCCUUAAGAUCUACCAGGCUAUGCAGCCCGUCUACACAUCUGGGAUCUAUAACGUCCAAGGAGACAGUCAGACCAGUAUCUGCAUCACCAUUGAACCCGGCCUGCUUCUGAAAGGAGACAUUCUGCUCAAGUGUUAUCACAAACGCUUCCGCAGCCCGUCCCGUGAUGUCAUCUUCAGAGUGCAGUUUCACACCUGUGCUGUUCAUGAUCUGGGCAUCAUCUUCGGCAAAGAUGAGCUUGAUGAAACAUUUAAAGAUGACAGAUUUCCUGAAUAUGGAAAAGUGGAAUUUGUCUUUUCUUUCGGCCCAGAAAAAAUCCAAGGAACGGACCACCUUGAGAACGGGCCCAGUGUUUCUGUGGACUACAAUACCCAAGAUCCUCUGAUUCGCUGGGAUUCUUACGAGAACUUCAACCAGCGCUGUGAAGAUUCAGUGGAGGACGUUAUUCACACACAAGGUCCAUUGGAUGGUAGUCUCUACGCUAAGGUUCGGAAGAAAGAGUCUCUCGAGGGAGGGGUCACAACCAAUGGUGUCCCAGCCACUGUCGAUCACACUUUACCUGCUGUAGACCACACUCUACCACCAGUUGACCACGCCUUGUCUGUAAGCAGUGACUCGGGCAAUUCCACUGCUUCCAUCAAAACCGACCGCACGGAUGAAGCCAGCCAUCAGCUGGCCUUAGUGAGUCAGCCAUCCUCCCAGCCCCUUAGCCCAGAGGAAAAACAGGAGCUGGACCAGUUGCUCAGUGGUUUGGAAGCACCAAUGCAUCGCACAGGUUACCAAAACAGCUCUGGCAGCGCAGGCGGUGGAGUCCUACACCUCGUCCCCGCCCAGGUUCAUGUCAAUGGACACAACAACAUAGAUCGUGAGACAGAUAUCCUUGAUGAUGACCUGCCCAACAGCCAGGAAGGGAACAGUGUGGACAGUCUCAGAACCAUCUCAUCUUUUGAGGGCAGAGCCACUCCAGCAGAUCUAUACUACCAGUCAGAGACGGUCAUCAAUGGACAAGAUGCACAGCAUGACUUGGAGAAGGGCGUCCAUGAGAAAAUACCAGAGCCCAAAGUCCACAGCUCCUCAUCUGUCCAAGAGCACUUAGGGUCCUCUAGUGACUAUGCCAACCAGAAUGGCAACAUCUACCGAUCUCAAUCAUUAGGGGCAACCCCGACCACAGAGCAGAAUUACAUGCCCAAAGCUCCCACACGCACAACCAGCAGUAAGGAUGCAGUGCAGAGGGGACUGAAUGUGUGGCAACAAUAUGGUGUUCCUGAGGUCCCUGUCACAGAUGGGGUCACCUUCAACCCUGUAUUGCAAUCCCACAGCCUUCCGGAGUUUCCUCACAUGGCAUCUGAGCAAGACAUUGAACAGUCCAUUGAAGCACUCAACAUGCUGAUGCAGGACCUUGACCCAGCACUUACUCAAGUCCCCAAGUCCCAUAGUGCCCCAUCUGGAGAAGAUGGAGUGGUCACCACCCAACCAUCUUUCUCUCAAACCCAAGCACGGCCGUCCUACCAAGCUGACGCAGCCAUUCAUGGCCGUGGUGGAGUCUCUUCGGGGGGAUACCCUUCGACCUUUCAACAGGUAGCCACAGAGCCUCCACAACCCACCAUGAACCAGCAGAGACCCACAGCCAUAUCCCAGAAUGCUGCAUUCCUUUCUAAGGCAGAAGGUCAGGCUCCAAUGUCCCAGUCCACAGUGCCUUCCUCCGCCUUUGGAGUUCUCCAUUUGAAACCCCUCAACAUUUACCCCUCAAGUACCACGUCCCAGUCCCCUGAGCCCCAGGAGAGCCAGCGUAGCUAUUCUGCCUCCUCAUCCCCUCUGCCUAAAGAGUCUGAACCGAAAGAUGCCAACUACAAAUUGGAUGGUCUUGUAGCUCACCGUGUAGCUGGAGUUCAGUCUGGUGAAAUGUCACCAGAUGAGACUUCAGUUCCUGGAUGGUGCCGGACCAUCAGUGAGGACCUUUCCCAAGAUGAGAGCCCAACCCGAGGAAGCUCGGUCCGCUCCCCCAUCCGCUGCAUCUCACCCGAGCUGGCCAAUACGAUUGCUAUGAACCCUGGGGGGCGGCCCAAGGAGAGACACAUGCACAGCUACAGAGAAGCAUUUGAAGAAAUGGAUGGGGGUCCCGUCAGGCCCCCUCCGAUCGCUGGUGGUGAGGCCCUACCCCAAACCCCUGCCUUCCCUGUCUCGCCACAAACCCCUUACUUCAAUCUGAGUCGAUCUCCUCCAGGACUGGCUAAAACACCACUGUCCUUCCUGGGCUUGAAGCCCCACAACCCUGCUGAGAUACUGCUCAACCAGACAGGCUCAGAGAGUGAGGAUGAGGAAGAGCCUUGUAGCUAUGUGGAGUCUGUGGCCAAAGCAGCUGCAGGUGGGCCGCCAGUGUCGCCUGUGUCUCCAACAUAUGACAGCAACAGCUUAGCACAUCCUGUCGGGCCGUCCCAUGCCUACAACGCUCCUCUUUCCUCCAGCAGCCCCAUUCAGAGCCCAGAUGCAGUUGAAAGCACAUUGACUGAUAGCGGGGUUGGGUUGAAUUCUCUGUCCCAGGCUGCUGUCGACUCUGUCCUUCACUCCCAGCCCUCUGAAAGCACAUACCAAACACCCACACCCUCUUACCCCACCUCCAGCAGCAUGUUGGGUGGCUACAUCACCCCUGAUAUCAGGCCCACUCUGCCAGAGACCGUGCAAAAUAACGCCACCACCAUCCAGUCACUCGCCGGAAGCCCUGGCACAAGACACCAAGCCAUCCUGCCCGACGUGAUGUCCGCUCCCGGUCUCCAGCCCAGACUACCUAAUCAGGACAUCCUCGUUCUGGGCCGACAACCGACCCCGACCAAUGGUCAUCUGCCUGGAAUGGCCGGUAGUCCCGUGCUAGGAAGACACGCAAUGAUGUCCCAAGGAACGCAGAGCAGUCCGAUGUUGUCUAGACAGUAUCCCGUCACCUACGGGACUCAGAGUAGUCCGAUUCUCAGCAGACAACCUAUGGGACAAGCCAUCCAGAGCAGCCCUGUCCUCAACCGACAGGCGUCCCUAAAUCAACUAAUCAUUCUGCCUAACCAAAGCAGCCCGGUGUUGAGUAGACAGCCGUCCAUUACCCAACCCAACCAGGGCAGCCCCGUCCUGAGCAGGCAAUCCUCACUUACACAUCCCAAUCAGGGCAGCCCCGUUCUGGGAUGCCACCCGUCCCUAACGCAGGGUAGCCCCAGUCUGGACAGGCACCCGAUGUACAGUGGCUACACCACUCCAGAAGAGCGGCACGGAGCCCUUUUGCGCCAGAGCAGCUCCUCUGGAUACCAGCCGCCAUCUACACCUUCUUUCCCAGUCUCCCCGGCUGGAUACAUAGAUGGAGUGGGAUUCAGACAGGGCAGUCCUGCCCCCCAACCUCAGCUCCCCGAAAAGAGAAGCAUGUCCAGCAGCGAUCGUUCCAAUGGCGGACUGUCCUACGGAACGCUCAAUGGGAAGAUGUCCUCCCCAGUUUCCAGUGGCGGCAGCACUCCAAGCGUUCAUUUCUUCGACACACUCCCUGAUUUCUCCAAACUCAACAUGUGUGAUGGAAGUCCAGAGACCAGGCUGCACGUGAAGUUUGUCCAGGACACGUCCAAGUUCUGGUAUAAACCAGAUAUCUCCAGAGACCAAGCGAUCAACAUGCUGAAAGAUCAAGAGCCUGGAGCCUUUGUCAUUCGGGACAGUCAUUCAUUCAGAGGGGCCUACGGCUUGGCCAUGAAAGUUGCCUCACCACCUCCGACCCUGCAACCUACAAAGAAAGCUGGAGAUGUCACUAAUGAGCUGGUGAGACAUUUCCUGAUUGAGACGAGUCUGAAAGGCGUGAGACUGAAGGGCUGCCCUAACGAGCUGUACUUUGGCUGCCUGUCUGCACUGGUCUACCAGCACUCCAUCACUCCUCUGUCUCUACCCUGCAAACUAGUCAUACCAACCAGAGAUCCUCUAGAGGAGUCACCUGAGAUCGCAACACCAACUAACCCGGCGGCAGAGAUGCUCAAACAGGGUGCAGGGCAGAAGAGUUCAUCUGACUUCCAUGCAUGCAAUGUCCUGUACAUAAACUCUGUGGAUAUGGAGUCUCUGACUGGGCCUCAGGCCGUCGCCAAGGCCAUCUCAGAAACCAUGGCAGCCAGUCCCGCACCUUCAGCCACCAUUGUUCACUUUAAGGUGUCGGCACAAGGCAUCACGCUCACUGACAACCAGAGAAAGCUUUUCUUCAGACGUCAUUAUCCCAUCACCACCGUCACGUUCUGCGACCUUGAUCCACAGGAGAGGAAGUGGAGCAAAUCAGAGGGUGGCACUGCAAAGUUCUUUGGCUUUGUGGCCAGAAAGCAAGGCAGCACAACAGACAACGUCAGUCACCUGUUCGCCGAGAUGGAUCCCGAUCAACCGGCCACGGCCAUCGUCAACUUCGUCUCUAAAGUGAUGAUCAACUCUCAGAAGCGGUGAACUCUUCACGCAGCACUGCUUUCCGGAGGACUUUCAUUUUGCUCUGUUUGAAUUCUUUUUAAGUUUCUGUUUUUCGUUCUGUAUGUUUGGGUGAGAGGCUGUGUGUAUGUGUGAGGAAGGGUUAUUCGGACGGCAGUGAGGAAGAGGGACAGAGGAAGUGCAGUGUGAGCGUAGAGGAGUGAAGUACAGAGGGGAGGUGAUCUUCAUCUCACUCGGAGGGGACGUGAUGAAAUGAUGUCGGUGAUUUUGUUGCUGUUUUUUUAAGAAAAAAGGACAAGAAAAAGUAAAAAAAAAAAAAAAA